AUGGGUUCAACCACAGAGCAAUGGAAGGAAAUUGCGAAGAAAGCACAGCAGAAAGUCAUUGAUGAUAUUCCCUUGGAAUGGCGUGUGCCCACCAACAGACUCCCAGGCCAUGAUGUCCGAGACGUGACUGGCUUUCCUGCCAAGUCUGGGCUCCUCUCAGAGCAGGACCUCGAGAUCACGGACUCAUACGCCACCGAGAUCGUUGCGAAGUUGGCCAAAGGCGUAUGGAAGGCAGAAGAUGUUACGCGAGCGUUCUGCAAAAGAGCAGCCAUAGCACAUCAGCUAACAAACUGCCUAACAGUGAUCAUGUUCGACGAUGCCAUCAAGCGAGCGAAGGAACUGGAUGCUGAGUUCGAAAAGACUGGCAAGCCUACAGGCCCAUUACAUGGCCUUCCUGUCUCUCUCAAGGACAACUUCAAUAUUCCUGGCUACCCAAGUUCCGUUGGGUUCUGUAGCUGGGCCAUGGAUCCAAUGGAGCAGCAGAGCACGAUCGUCGGAAUACUGAAGGAACUUGGCGCAGUUCCAUAUGUCAAGACCAAUGUCCCAACAGCCAUGAUGAUCGCGGAGAGCGUCAACAACUGCUACGGUCGAACGUCGAAUCCGCUGAAUCGUGAGAACACAUCUGGCGGCUCCUCAGGUGGCGAAUCCGCCCUAAUCGCCUUGAGAGGUAGCCCGCUCGGUGUGGGUACGGACAUCGGCGGCUCCCUCCGCAUCCCAGCAGCAUGUACAGGCAUCUACACCAUCAAACCCUCCUUCGGCCGCUUCCCCCACUUCGACGCACGAUCCGGCCUCGCAGGCCAAGAAGCCGUCGCCAGCAACCACGGCCCCAUGGCACGCAGCAUAGCCGACCUGCGCCUCUACACCGAGAAUGUCAUCAACUCCGCCCCCUGGCUCAGAGACCCCAAAUGCAUUGAAAUCCCCUGGCGCCCCGUAUCACUCCCAUCCAAGCCCAAACUAGCAGUCCUCUGGUCCAACGACCUAGUCCAACCAACACCACCCGUAACCCGUGCCCUCCGCGAAACUGUCGACAAGCUCAAGAAGCAGGGCUAUGAUAUUGUUGACUGGCCUGCUACCGACCACGUCGAAGCCAUUGACCUCCUAGCGAAACUCUUCCUCGCGGAUGGGGGCAAGUCUGUGGAGGAGAUCCUCAGAUCUGUCGGAGAGCCUUUCCGUCCGGAAAUGAAAGCAUACGAAGAAGCUACAGAACUCGGCGUGCAUGAACUCUGGCAACUCCAGAAACAACGCACCGCUCUCGCGAAGCGCUACCUCGACCGUUGGAAUGAAAUCCAGCCAGAUGCUAUCCUAGGCCCCGUCACGCCGUAUGCCGGUGCGCCGAGGGCAGGGGAGUUUACGCAUGUGGGGUAUACGGGGGUGUUCAAUAUUUUGGAUUAUACGUCUGUGAGUUUCCCGUCGGGGGUGAAGGUUGACAAGGAGAAAGAUGGAAAGGGGGAGGAAGGGUUUGAGGCGUUGAAUGAAGUGGAUAAAACGACGAGGGAGCAGUAUGACCCGGAGCUGUGUCAUGGGUUGCCGGUGAGUCUGCAGGUUACGGGGAGGAGGUUGCAGGAAGAGAAGAUCUUGGCGUUGGUGCACAGGAUUGAGGAGGAUUUGAAGGGGUAG